CUUCAGCAGUGGGUAUUCAUUUCUUCAAAGGGGAACAGCAAACACGGAAAUUGAUGGCCCAUUGGCGGGCUAGGGAUCUAAACAAAUGUUACAGUGGACCUUGUGAUAAUGGCGGUUCUUGUGUUGGGAAUAAAAAUGAAUACACUUGCAUCUGCCUCAGCGAUUGGGCAGGAAAGAACUGUGAAACCAAGUUUGUUGUCCCUCAAGUUGAGGUGACGAAGUCCACCUGCAAUUCAACCACGAACAAAGUGGAAACGGGAACAAUCAACACUCCAGAAUAUCCCAAGGACUAUGGCAGUAAUAGUCGUUGUGAAUGGCUUAUUACCUCAUCACAUCGGAUUAGACUGGUUUUUAAUUACUUUUUCGUGGAGAAUGGUUGGGAUUAUUUCCAUGUUUACGAGGGAAAAUCUACCAGUUCCAAACGGAUUGGCAAGCUUACUGGAGGUCAUACUAACAAAGUCAUCAAAAGUUCUGAAAAUUACCUUUAUCUAAAGUUCACCUCCGAUUCAGUAAUCAACAAAAAAGGAUUCUUGAUAGCUUAUGAAGGCAUAAUUUAACAGAGUCUUAACAAGACUCUGCCGUCUUGUCGAGGAAGGGGGGAGAUGAAGGCCACUGUCAUCGCUCAACCGGGAGACUGUAACAGACAUUUGAGAUUUGAUUUGCCCUAACCUCAAAACCCUUAAUGAAAGAUUAGAAAGAUCAAGAAUUUUUCCUUGAGUCCAUUUCACUCGAUUCAUUUUUUAACUUUAUACAGUAUCUGAAAUCUGCCUCUUCACACAUCUGCAUAAAUUUUGCUCGAUAGAUUCCACUUCCUCCGUGUUCGAAGUCACUCUUAUAUACAAAGUUUCCAUGCUGUCAGUCAGUAUGCUAAUUUAAAUCGGACUUUCAGGCCAAUAAAAAGCUUCUUUCGGA